AUGCUGAAGCCCUUCACUUCCCACCACACGCCUCUGGCGAUUAGGGUCGGGUCUGGUCGGACUAAUAGGAGUUUACUCCUCCUCAAGGCAUGGAGUCAGCAAACCCGAUGGAACCGGGGUUCCCAUGAAUUGGCUCGUCGAGAUUUCUUCUCGAGACUAACCAGUUCAAAGCCUACCGUUUCGUGUUCAGCAACUGGUUCUGGUUCUGCUGAAAACGUAAAAAAAACCCGACUUUCUGACAGGUUUAGGAAAAGGAUUGAACCUAUUAAAGAGAAAAUUCCAGAACAUGUACUAGAAGUCAUAGAAGAAGAGCUUGCGAAACUUGAUAGGAAAGAAGACGAUUCUGGUAGCACCAAUAGUAUCUAUAGCUACCUUGACUGGUUGACUGCGUUGCCUUGGGGAAAAUGCAGUGAUGAUAAUUUUGAUGUCCUACGGGCAGAAAAGAUUCUUGACGAGGAUCACUACGGAUUACGUGAUGUAAAAGAAAGAAUACUUGAGUUUAUUGCUGUGGGAACACUUACAGGCAAUCCAGAGGGGAAGAUCAUUUGUCUCUCUGGCCCUCCUGGGGUAGGAAAAACUAGCAUUGCUCGUUCUGUCGCGCGUGCCCUGGACCGCAAGUUCUUUCGGCUUGCUGUUGGAGGACUAUCUGAUCGUUGCGAGAUUAAGGGUGACCGUGGAGUAUACUCUGAUGCCAAGCCCGGAAAGAUGGUGCAAUGUCUAAAGCAAGUGGGAACAGAGAAUCCUCUUGUUCUACUCGAUGAGAUUGAUAAGCUUGGAAAGAGUAGAAGAUACGAUCCAGAGGGUGCGUUGUUAGAGCUUCUAGAUCCAGAGCAAAAUUCACACUUUCUAGAUUACUUUCUUGAUGUUACUAUCGACUUAUCAAAGGUUUUGUUUGUAUGCACAGCAAAUGAUACAGAUAUGAUUUCGGGUCCACUGCUAGAUAGAAUGGAGGUUAUAAAACUGGCAGGGUACACUACCGAUGAGAAAAUGCAUAUUGCUAGAGAGUAUUUGGUGAAAAAUGUCAGCGGAAAAUGUGGCAUUAAGCCUGAACAGGUUGAUGUGAGCGACGCGGCUAUUCUUUCCUUGAUAGAAAACUACUGCAGAGAGGCAGGAGUUCGUAAUCUCCAGAAGCACAUUGAGAAAUGUUUUCGUAAGAUUGCUCUUAAACUUGUACGCCAACAAGCGGCUAUGGCCGAUUUUAAGUCCUCCGGUGAAGGAUCCAUUGAGAUGCUACAUGAGUAUUUCCGAUUAAAGGAAUUAGAAUACGCACUUGGUGGGGGUCCAAUGAGCGAGAAGAGCAUAGCGGUAGGUGAAAAGUUUACUAUUGAUGAAUCAAACCUAGCAGAUUAUUUAGGCAAACCGGUUUUCGAAAGAGAGAAGUUGUAUGAGCAGACGCCAGUCGGGGUGGUAAUGGGUCUAUCUUGGACAUCCAUGGGCGGCUCAACGUUGUACAUUGAGACAACCUUUGUAGAAGAAGGUGAAGGCAAAGGUGACCUUCAUAUAACGGGUCACCUUGGGAGAGUGAUGAAAGAAAGCGCAGAGAUAGCUCACACAGUUGCCAGAAGAAUAAUGUUUGAUAAAGAUCCUGAGAACCUCUUCUUUGCAAACUCCAAGCUUCAUUUACAUGUUCCUGAAGGAGCCACACCAAAAGACGGUCCAAGCGCAGGCUGCACAAUGAUCACAUCUUUUCUGUCACUUGCCAUGAAGAAGCCUGUAAGAAAGAAUCUUGCAAUGACCGGUGAAGUCACUCUGACCGGUAGGAUUCUUCCAAUUGGCGGCCUUAAGGAGAAGACUAUGGCUGCAAGGCGGAGCCAAGUGAAGGUGAUAAUAUUCCCCGAGGCUAACCGGAGAGAUUUUGAGGAUCUUGAGGAAAGUGUUAAACAAGGGCUCGAUGUUCAUUUCGUCGAUGAAUAUGAGCAGAUCUUUGAGCUAGCCUUUGGCUAUAACCAUUAGAAGACAGUUCCACAACUCACUUUCACUUGGGAUCUUCCUCUUCUGUUGUUUUCACUAUAUAUACUAUUGAUAUGUAAUUCUAUAGGCUGAUCUGAUCUUCUAACGUUUCUUGAAUUUUUUUAGCCAUUAUUAUGUAUUUAUAAUUUAUACAACAGGAUGAACUAUAAAAGAGCCAAAAUU